AUGCUGACAACGCUAACCUGGGUACGCAAUAACCUCAAUAACCUCAAGCCAGAAAAAUUUUACGAGAAAUUUAACUAUUCGUACACUUCACGGAAACAUGCCAAAGAGAAAUUACGAGAAUAUCUUACGGCAAUCAAAAAAGAGAAUAAUAUUAACAAGCGCAAGAAAACAAAGGACUUAUUAGAUGACUUUGAGUCAUACUGGUUACAAGUAGAAGCCUCACUCAGCAAGGUCAAUGACGAGGAAGAAGAUAUGGAUGAAUUUCAACCACCGCUAACAAGAGCUAGAAAGAGAGCCAGGAAGGAACUCAAAACCAGAGAAUCAGAUGAAAAAUUUCCUCAAGAAAACGAAGAGGAAGUGACAACAGAAGAGGGAUUAGAUAUAAAUUCUCUUGAAAAUUUACCUCAAGUAGAUGACGAGAAAGAAACCAUUUCGGAUAACAUUGUAACCAAGGAGUGGAAUUAUCAAAUAGAUGAUUUAAGAGCACCAGAUAAAAGUGAUUUUAUAAUGAAUGCAGUAGUUCGGGUCUUACGUCGCACAUUGCCAACAUUCAUUAAAGCCUUUUCACUUGAAGAGCAAAACCCGCUUUUCAAUGUUAAUACCAUAGAACAUGCUCACCUUAAUGCUUUCGUCCAUCCAUCUGGGUAUAUGACGGAUGCUGAUAAAUAUCAGCUCGUAUAUAUGGAAGGCUCCAGACAAGUGGUGAAGGAUAAAAAGGAAAUUGAUGAUGUCAAGAAAAUAACAAAAAAUUUAAAGUAUAUGUUAACGAAAAUUGUUGAAGAAACAAUCAAAAGUAGGCAACGAUUACCAAAGAAGUUGUAUGACAGAGUUUUCGCCUUAGAAUAUACUUAUAUUUUCUUGAUUAUUGUGUUACUGGUACGUGAUGUUACAGCAUCUUUUGAUAAUGCAAGAGCUGAGCAAAGACCAUCACGACUUUCAUUUGCGGAUGCUCUCCUUCGACUGGAAUCAUCAGUUUCACCACCAGACACAUUCGAAACAUCCGAAGUUAAACGGGUUAAAGAUGAUGUAAUAUAUUUUAAAAUAUUUUUAACUAAUACAAUAAUGAUUUGUAAGAAACCAAAAGUACUUGACGGUUUCAUUGGUGCAAUUGGAAAUACCCCCUUGAUACGUCUAAAAAAUAUAAGUAAAGAAACGGGUUCGGAAGUUCUUGGAAAAGCCGAAUUUAUGAAUCCCGGAGGUUCCGUAAAAGAUCGAGCUGCAUUGUAUGUGGUCAAAGAAGCAGAAGAGAAAGGCUUAAUUACUACUGGCGGAACUAUUGUAGAGGGUACAGCAGGUAAUACCGGAAUUGGUCUCGCUCACGUUUGCCGGGCUAAAGGAUAUGAUUGUGUAAUUUAUAUGCCAGAUACACAGAGUCAAGAAAAAAUUGAUUUACUAAGGAUGUUAGGAGCCGAAGUUUAUCCAGUUCCCGCUGUUCCAUUUGACGAUCCAAAUAAUUAUAAUCAUCAAGCUCGUCGUCAUGCUGAGAAAAUUCCUAAUGCUGUAUGGACAAAUCAAUUUGAUAAUGUUGCAAAUAGACGUGCCCAUUAUGAAACCACUGGACCAGAAAUUUGGGAACAAACUAAUGGUCAAAUAGAUGGUUUCACGUGUUCCACUGGUACAGGUGGAACUUUUGCAGGUGUAACUAGAUAUUUAAAAGAAAAAAAUCCCAACAUUAAAUCAUUCAUUGCUGAUCCACCAGGUUCUGUAUUAUAUAGUUAUUUUAAAAGUGGUGGUAAUUUAAUAGAACGUAAAGGAUCUUCAAUUACGGAAGGAAUUGGACAAGGUCGUGUUACUGAAAAUUUAAAGGAAGAAGUAAAUUCAGUAGAUGAUGCUUUAUAUAUUUCAGAUGAAAAAACUAUUGAAAUGUUAUAUAGAUUAUUGGAUGAAGAAGGUUUUUAUAUGGGAGCAUCAUCUGCAUUAAAUGUUGUUGCAGCCUAUGAAAUGGCAAAGAUAUUAGGUCCAGGAAAGACUAUUGUCACAGCUAUUUGUGAUGGUGCUUAUAGAUAUCAAACACGGUUAUUUAGUCGAAAAUGGUUAGAAAAAAAAUAUUUUAACACUGUUGAUAGCCUUGAAAGCCUUUACGUCGAAAGGCUAAAGGAAGCAGUAGCUAUACCAAGUGUAAGCGGGGAUGUUGCGUACCGCGAAAAUGUAUUCCAAAUGGGUCAAUGGCUCAUUGGAUUAUUCCAAAAAUUGGGUAUUAGUUAUGAAGCAAUUGACCUUGGAACACAAGUUUUAGAAAACAAAACUUUAAAACUUCCACCAGUUCUUUUGGGAACUUAUGGCAAUGAUCCAAAAAAAAAAACUAUUUUAGUAUAUGGACAUUAUGAUGUUCAACCUGCAUUAAUUGAGGAUGGUUGGAAUUCUCCACCAUUUGAAUUAGUUGAAACUGAUAAACAUCAAUUAAUUGGACGUGGUUCUAGUGAUGAUAAAGGACCUAUUAUAGGAUGGCUUAAUGCAAUUGAAGCACAUCAAAAAGCUGGAAUAGAAUUUCCUGUUAAUUUGAAGAUUUGUUUUGAAGAGAGUGGAUCAGAAGGACUUGAUGAAUUGGUUUUCAAAGAAGCUAAUAGAUAUUUUAAAGGUGUCGAUGCUGUUUGUAUUUCAGACAAUUAUUGGCUAGGUGUUAAGAAACCAUGUUUGACUUAUGGUUUACGCGGAAUAACUUAUUACAAAGUGGUGGUUUCAGGUCCAGGGAGAGAUCUUCACUCUGGGGUUUUUGGUGGAACAGUACAUGAACCUAUGACAGAUUUAAUUUCGUUAUUAAGUAAAUUAGUAACUCCGAGUGGUAAAAUUUUGAUUCCCGGAAUUAAUGAUGAUGAUGAAAAUAAAACUUAUGAAUCAAUUGAAUUUGAUUUGAAUGAAUAUCAUGAGGCUAUUGGAUCUAAAACAACUAUUCAUGAUGAUAAAAUUAAUACCUUACAACAUCGAUGGCGUUAUCCAUCAUGUUCAAUUCAUGGUAUUGAAGGUGCAUUUUCAGCAUCAGGAGCCAAAACUGUAUUACCUGCUAAAGUUCAAGGAAAAUUUUCGAUUCGAUUAGUUCCAAAUAUGGAUCCUGAACGGGUUAAUACCUUAGUUGAAAAAUAUUUAAAUGAAGAAUUUUCUAAAUUGAAAACUAGAAAUUCAUUAAAGAUUGAAAGUUUACAUGGAGCUAAAGCAUGGGUUGCUUCCCCAGAUCAUUGGAAUUAUGUUGCGGCUGCUAAAGCAGUUGAAAUGGUUUUCAAUGUUAAACCAGAUUAUACACGAGAAGGUGGAUCCAUUCCCGUUACUUUAACGUUUCAAGACGCGUUAGAUAAGAAUGUUCUUUUAUUGCCAAUGGGUCGAGGUGACGAUGGAGCUCACUCAACUAAUGAGAAACUUGAUCGUUCCAAUUAUAUUUCGGGUAUCAAAUUAUUUGGUGCAUAUUUACAUGAAAUUGCUGCUACCAAAAUUUAA